AAAAACAUUAUUACCUACCUACAUUGAAAAUUCUGAAAUUCGAAUCUGAUUCUGAAGAAACCAGAGUAGAUAUCCAAUUUCGAAAAUGUCGCUGCAUAUGUCUGCCCAAGAACUCCUAAAAUUAGGAGAUGAAGGACGACAAAAACCUUUUCUAAACAAAUAUUGGCCUGAAAUAAUAGGAGUUACGUUUGGUAUUGGCACAGGAAUGUUUCUAAACUUCCAGACUAAACGGCCAGUGUUCAGCGGUAUCCAAAAACAUAUAAUUGCAACUGGAGGUUGGGUCAGCAUUUUAAGUUAUGUACAGCAUAAACGGAAUGAAUAUUUAGCAGAAAAGGAUGCAGUAUACAGGCAUUAUAUAGAAUUACACCCAGAUGAUUUCCCUGUUCCUGAACGUAAGAAGAUUGGUGACUUGUUUGAACCUUGGAUCCCAGUUCGUUAAAUGUAAAUUAAAUAUUGAGUUGUUGUGAAAUGUAAAAAAAUGUAAAAUAAAUAGUUUUCAGUAAUUUA